UUCCAGUUGUCUGCAUGCGUAUAUGGUGACAGAAUCAUACACAAGUACUACCCGUGUAAUUAACACGUAAUGCAAAACAUCAGCAUGACCUAGUACUAUGUCACAUGUCUGCUUUUUCCUGCAACAUACCAUGUAAGUUCUCUCCUCUUAUAAGAUUAAGCUGGAGAAAAACAAGGCAAAUGAACCAUAUAAAGGUAGCUAGCUAGGGAUAAAUUUAGUAAUUAAAGCCGUCCAUCUGUACCUCUCUCUUCAGCACGACCGGACUUGAUUUUCCUCCGUCAUGGCCGAAACCUUUCAAAAAGUGACUCCCAUCUUCGUCCUCAUUCUCUUCACUAUUUUCACCCUCGCAAUAAUCCCGGCCACUGCAGAAAAGAACCAUCGCUUCUCAAGAACAUUAUCUCCUGCAAAACUUGGACUCAAGCGAGAGAAACUAAGCCACCUCCACUUCUACUUCCACGACAUCGUCGCCGGACGAAACCCCACGGCCGUCAGAGUUGCCGAGGCCCUCAUGACGAACACGUCGUCGACGUUUUUUGGUGCCGUGGUGAUGAUCGAUGACCCCUUGACCAUGCGGCCGGAGCCAAACUCCAGAAUGGUGGGAAGAGCGCAAGGAUUAUAUGCAUCUGCUUCACAAACUGAGUUGGGCUUAUUAAUGGUGCUGAACUUUGCUUUCAUGGAAGGGAAGUAUAAUGGCAGUACUCUCAGCGUAUUGGGGCGGAACACUGUGUUCUCGCCCGUGAGGGAGUUUCCGAUCAUUGGUGGAAGCGGGCUUUUCCGGUUCGCACGUGGGUAUGCUCAUGCCAGAACUCACGUGUUUAACCUCACAAGUGGGGAUGCUGUUGUGGAGUAUAAUGUCUACGUCUUCCAUUAUUGAUAGAAUAAACAAAUGGCCUUAUUGCAAACUUGGAGUCUUCUUCGGAAAACUACAUGAAGGAGUGAGAUGCUAGAGGGGGGUAAGAUCACUGAAAUUGUUUCAUCACCAGGAUAUUCGGAACAUCACUCAAAACCUUGCUUCAUCACCAGAACAUCUUUCUCAUUAUUGACUGCAAAUAAUCUGUCUGGGAAAACUAUGGCAGCUUCCCGGACCGAAAAAUCGCGAAUUUGCACUUCUCCGAGUACGAAUAGUCGAUCCCAUGCUCCUUGAGAAACUCCUCGAGUAAUUUCUUGGCGUCCUCGGGAUUGUCACUCACACUGAAUAUAGGUAUGAGAUACAAAUUUUUGAGUAUUUGCGAUUAACUUACUCGCCCGAAAUAAUAAAUUAUUUGUGAUGAUUUUUUGCGAUUCCCUGAUUUAACGGAAAAAAAAUAAACAAUUCUAACGAACACGCGGCGAUUGAAAAGAUAUUUCCAGUG